ACCGCGCGCCGGCGCUUUCCUCCGCCGCUGCCGCCGCCACCAUGGAAUCCAACAGGGACGAGGCGGAGCGUUGUAUCGCUAUCGCGGUGGGCGCCAUCAAGGCCGGCCAGGUCGAGAAGGCGCGUCGCUUCUUGGAGAAGGCGCAGCGCCUCUACCCGUCUCAGCGGGUCCGCGUGCUGCUCGAUUCUCUCAUCAGGAGUGAAAAAUCAUCAAAUGGCCAUUCGCAAACCAAGGAAUCCACAAACCCCCACCUUAGAAAAAUGAGUGGGGACAUCCCUGCAGCCAAUGGAGAGGCAGGUGGGGAUAUCAGUAAAGGUUACACUCAAGAUCAGGUAGAUGCAGUUAAGAGGGUAAAACAUUGUAAAGACUAUUAUGAAAUUCUGGGUGUGAGCAGAGACUCCUCUGACGAGGAUCUGAAAAAGGCAUACCGGAAAUUAGCACUGAAAUUUCACCCCGAUAAGAAUCAUGCACCUGGUGCAACGGAGGCCUUUAAAGCUAUUGGUAAUGCAUACGCAGUAUUGAGUAACCCAGAGAAGAGGAAGCAGUAUGACCAGUUUGGAGAUGCAAAAGUCAGUCCCACACGGCACGGGCAUAGCCCUACGGACUUCAACCGAGGGUUUGAGGCCGACAUCUCUCCUGAAGACCUCUUCAAUAUGUUCUUUGGUGGUGGUUUUCCUUCUAGUAACGUUCACGUAUACAGCAACGGCAGAAUGCGAUAUACCUACCACCAGAGGCAAGACAGGCGGGAGCAUCAAGGCGAUGGUGGCCUUGGGCUGUUUGUCCAGCUGAUGCCUAUUCUCAUCCUCAUCAUCGUUUCCGCUCUCAGCCAGAUGAUGGUCUCCAGUCCACCUUACAGUUUGAGCCACAGACCGUCGGUCGGCCAUAUAUAUAAGAGAACGACCGAGCACUUGAAAGUAUCUUACUAUGUAGCUGACAACUUUGCAGAAGAAUACACUGGGACAAAUCUGAAAAAUGUGGAGAGGAGCGUGGAAGACGACUAUAUUGCAAAUCUCCGAAAUAACUGUUGGAAGGAAAAACAACAGAAGGAAGGCUUGCUGUACCGGGCACGUUACUUUGGAGAUUCAGAUCUGUAUCAGAGAGCACAGAAGAUGGGCACGCCAAGCUGCAGCAGGCUGUCUGAAGUUCAGGCAUCUAUGCAUGGAUAACUAUUGCGGAAACAGUCCAUAGAGAGCUAAACUCUUCAGAUGCCUGAAGACUUUGGGGGAAGUGCACUGAGCCAAGGAGACUUUCUAUUUAAAGAAUCAGACCUUAAAUUAAAAUGGAAUUGGAGAAUUAGCAACGCACAACUGCCCUCUCCUCUCUCUCUCUCUGUCUCUGUGUCUCUGUCCAGCAUUAAGACUCGGACAUCUCUUAGAAGGGGGGGGGGGAGAGAGACCAUGUCUUUUUUCUCCUUCCUUCACUAUCAACUGUCAUAUGUCUCUGAGAGCAAGCGUUGAGUUGUUUUUCUUUUAAAGCCUGGAGAAAAUCAGAGAGCUUUUGAAAUUGCACUGGUCACUUCAAAGAGAGUGGGAGAAAUUGGAAGAUCUGUAGGAGUAAAAAAGAAAAGAAAAAUCAAUUUUAAAAAGCAAGAUAAAUUAUUUAGAAUUAACUUAUAGCUGUAAAUAUAUUGUACUUCUAAACUAUGCAGGGAUAGAAUUAAAUUAUUUCAUUAUUUUGCCGAACUUCAUAACCCAAGAUGUGUGAAUUUUAGCCUUUUUCCCCUCUCUCCCUCUCUCUCUGUUUGACCCCGUGAAAACUUUCCUACAUAAAGCAACCUUGUCUGAUAUCACACAAGUUUUGUAUUUUUUAAUAGCUUGGUUUUACUGGAGAAAUAGUUCCCCCCUUUUUUGUAUAAGAGAAUCACUAAAAUUGCUAGGGAAGUUUUUUCUACAUACAAUUUUUGGCCCAGUUUUGGAUUUGUGGUCUAAAUCCAUGACCUUUCAACAGAGGGCUUGAUGCUCAUAGAGCGAGGAGAGAGAUUCGUCCCUUUACUUCGUUGAGGCUGCUUGUGCUUUUCGCGUGGAACUUCUUAUUUUUAUGUUUUGCAGUCCCUGUGUUCUCUGCCUUUUAAUCAGUGUUCAUUCUGGUACAUGGACGUUCUUCAUGGAAACCUCCUCCUGGCCAUUCUCCCCACCCCAACACGCUGAUUUCCAUCUUGCAGUGCUAUAAAGUUGGAAGCAAAGCUGCCUCCUUUUCUUGGCAAACAGCUACUGCUGAUUUCAUUCCAGGAACCUAGCGUCCGUCAGCAAAGUGGGUCGCCCCCGAUACAUAUCCUCCAUUCAUACUGGUGGGGCUUUGGUAGCCCAAGGAAGGGAAGUCCAAGGCAUAGCAGCCUUGUUUGCUGGCUUUUGCCCUUUAUCGGUUUCUGUACGAGAACAGGAUCUUUUUGUCAGAAGAGGUUUUGCUACAGUCUCUGUUUGCUUGAGCAAGUUAAAAGAAGGGACUGGUACUAUUCCUUUUACUUGACUGGACAGUAUAGUCUAUUUUCCAUUGGAUUUUUAAAAAAUAGUAACCCAUUUCCCUUAGUGAUGCCCAUCCUGUUUUUUGUUUUGUGUUUUUAGAAGCAGAUACUGUGCUUUUAACAUUACUACAUGCAGCUGAGUAAAGGUUAAUGCUCACAGUUCUGACGAAUCUAGUUGUGUGCUCCUCCUGUCUCUGUGCUGGAUCCUCCAUUGUCAUCUAGGGAAGGUUAUCCUGCAUUCAUUCCUCUUGCGUGGAACUAAAUAGGUGCUCUUGACCAAGGGAAAUGUGUCCUGUUAAGAGAAGACUUGGUUACGCUGAGUUACCACUGACCACACCAGCUGGAUUCCUCUCUGUUUUGCUCUUCCUUUUAUCCAGAGGCAUUUUCUAUACAGAGCAUUCAGAAUUCCUUGUUCAAAAUAGAAUACAGGUACCAAAUGAUAGGUUAGGUGUAACUGGUAAAAUAUCCUUUUAACUCAUCCUGUUCUUUUGGAGCCGACAAACUGGAUAUUCAUUUAAGAUAAGCCACUGAGUUUGCCUUUUAAUCAGUCUUGAUACCUGCCAUACGUUUGCCCACACUGAAGGACGGAUUUGCUCAGUGUGUACUUAAAGCCACAAGAAGGCCGCCCUGCCCUAUGUUGUUUUGUGAUGGAAGACCUGGGCCACAUCGUUGUCUAAAACCUCAGUCCUGUUAACUAACCUGCAGUGAUCCCUUGAGCUCCAACUGUGUUUGGAGGGUCACCCCAUUCAGCAUGAAAUUGCCGACAUCUUGGAAAACAGCAUUGGCAGUCCCGGUGCCUACCUGUCCACAAACCUUUUGAUUUCUUAAGUAGAUAGCUAGCCAUGGAUGUUAUGAACGAUGUGCAAUAAAGAAGCAUAGAUCCUGAGAGAUACUUGCAAAGGCUUUGUUUGUUAAUUUAGAAUUAUACAAUUGUACAUCUAUAAAUAAAGAUUUAUAACAUGGAA